UCCAUCAAAAGAGCUUAAUAUUAGAGGCUGAUGAAACCUUCUAGUAAAAGAAAUGGUCAAACUUGGUUUAAUAAUAAAAAAAGUUGGUUUGAUUUGGUCUUCUUCUGACAACCGAGUUAUAAUUUUAAAGUCCAAAUAAUCUGACUUUAUACUAAAUACGAUAAUCUUAUUGGUGGGAUUUAGUUUACUUAAUUGAAUUAAAUCUCUUAACAAACAAAUAUUCUCCACACUGUAAAACACAACCCUGUUUGAUGCUGUGAGAGAAUCAAACACUUCAGCCAAAUCAAAAUUCGAUCACACGGCGAUGGAGAAUCGUACCGGUUUAACCUACAUGAACCGGAAAUCAAGCGGUUUAACCGUAACCGACGAUUCCUCUUCCGCCUUCAGCGACUGUAACAGCGACAGAUCCGGCGAGUUUCCACCCUCUUCCUCCGAGAACCGCCGUCUCUUCCUCUCCCGCGCAGCUGAGAAUCCCGACGAUUUGAUCCGUUACCUCGUAUCGCAUCUCGACUCUUCCUCCUCCUCCGUCGACGAGCAGAAGCAAGCCGCCAUGGAGAUCAGGCUCUUAACCAAAGACAAACCGGAGAACCGGAUCAAACUCGCUAGAGCCGGCGCGAUCAAACCGUUGAUCUCUCUCGUCUCUUCCUCCGACGCUCAGCUUCAGGAGCACGGCGUCACCGCCGUGCUGAACCUCUCCCUAUGCGACGAGAACAAGGAGCUGAUCGCUUCCUCCGGCGCGAUCAAACCGCUCGUCAGGGCGUUAAAAUCGGGAACGCCGACGGCGAAAGAGAACGCCGCGUGCGCUCUCCUCCGCCUCUCGCAGAUCGAAGACAACAAGAUCGCGAUCGGGAGAUCCGGAGCGAUUCCUCACUUGGUGAGCCUUCUUGAAACCGGAGGAUUCAGAGGGAAGAAGGACGCGGCGACGGCUCUUUACUCGCUCUGCUCGGCGAAGGAGAACAAGACCAGGGCCGUGGAAACGGGCGUUAUGAAGCCGCUCGUGGAGCUGAUGGCGGAUUUCGAUUCGAACAUGGUGGAUAAAGCGGCGUACGUGAUGAAUCUGCUGAUGUCGGCGGCGGAGGCGAAGCCGGCGGUGGUGGAGGAAGGAGGAGUUCCGGUGCUUGUGGAGAUAGUGGAGGUGGGAACGCAGAGGCAGAAGGAGAUGGGCGUGUCGAUAUUGCUGCAGCUUUGUGAGGAGAGUGUGGUGUAUCGAACCAUGGUGGCGCGAGAAGGUGCGAUUGCUCCUGUGGUGGCAUUGUCGCAGAGUAGUAAGAGUCGAGCUAAGCUAAAGGCGGAGGCGUUGAUUGAGAUUCUAAGACGACCCAGACAACAACAACAACAACAACAGUUAGAUUGUAACAGAAUCUAGAGAGUAUGUGACUGAUGAGUGAUGAUCAUCUUUGUUAUUGUUAAAUCUAAAUUUUGUGAAUAGUGUGGGAGACUGAGCGGUGUGUAUAUAAUACAGAUGCUUGAUUUGGGCUUUUAUUAAUAGGACUUUAUAAACCCAUCUAACGUGCCUAUGGACGGGCUCAAUUGAUCAUGUCCAUUGUCUAACCCCUGAUUAUGUACGUAGGUAUGGAGAUCAACCAUGUUCAGCUUUGUUAACUCAACUUUAGUACAAAUAAAUCCACGUGAAUAUAAUAAAAUACUGAUUUACUAAGUUUAAACCGGUUAACAUGUAAUAACUUUGGACAUGUCUAUUAUAAGACCACCUCCAUCGGAGUAUGUAAACAUGGGUUCUAAAAAAAAAAAGCAAAAAAAAUAAAUGAAAAAAGGGAAAAGUAGACAGAACCGCUGUCUAAAAGAGGAGUUGUGGAGCUGUUAAAAACCCCAAACGUGGCAGUUUAGUAUAGGUUAAUCGUUUCAGGCAAAAGGGGAAAAAAUUAAGGCGUCUCUCUCUUUCACGAGUCCAAAACUUCAAUCCCUCUGGAUUUUUUGUGUUGAUUUUCUCAACAAAAUUAAUUAGGGCAUGUCUCUCCUUUUUGGUUCGAGAAAUCGUCUUGUUGAUGUUGCUUGAUGGGUGCUUCGUUCUCUUCCAAAUCCGGCCAUCAUGAAAUCACUGAGAAGGUUCGGAUUAUUUUUUUUUUGUAUUGAUUUGAUGCUCGUGAAUUGCAUUCUGGUGAUUAUAAUUGAAAAUUUUGUUUUGUUGAUGAGAAUUUAUAUUAGAUUUGACUCGAAAAUUUUGUUUUGAUGAUGAGAUUUGAGAGACUCCAUGGACAGAGGAGACUGUGACAAACACUCACCGAAAACUUGCCGGAACUUCGUCGAGCUAUCACGGAGAGGUUACUACGACAACGUUCUCUGUCACAGAAUCAUCAAGGAUUUCAUUGUGCAAGGUGGAGAUCCUACUGGAACUGGAAGAGGUGGCCAAUCCAUUUUAUCAGUCACUCAGCUUCAAGCCCAUCAGUUAAGCCCAACUUGAAGUCCAUAAGUCAGUCAGAGACAAAAGCUUCUCAACGGUCUUCUUCUUCAACCUGCAAACAAGACAAAAUCAAUUGUACACAGGCAGCUCAGCUAAAGCAAAAAGAAAAGCACAGCACAGCUGGCAAACCACAGCCUGUCUCUAACAAGAAUUGAUUUGAAGCACUCCAAGACAAUGAAGACCAAUGAAGAAAACCCUAGACUUUUCUAUCUAUAAAUAUGUUAUCAAGUUGUAAUAACAAUCUAAGAAAGCAAUAACAAAGAGCAAAAGACUCACCUUUCUUUCA